AUGGAGUACGCACUUGAGGAAAUGGGAGCUGCUUGGCGCGACACAGUCUUCAGCCCGGCGCUGGGGCGCGCAUGCGCGGCGGUGGUGGGGGUGCUGUCCGUCGUGUGGGGGUGGCUGGGCAUGGAGCGCUACUUCCUCCACGAGGACGUCGUGCCGCCGUCGGCGUUCCUCUGCAGUUUUGGGCUGUUCAUCGCUGGCUGCCUGGUGCUCUUAGCCUUGGCCGUCAUCGCUGUCGCAACAGCGAUUCAAAGGCAAGGAGAAGAAGGCAAGGAGAAGAAGGCAAGGAGAAGAAGGCAAGGAGAAGAAGGCAAGGAGAAGAAGGCAAGGAGAAGAAGGCAAGGAGAAGAAGGCAAGGAGAAGAAGGCAAGGAGAAGAAGGCAAGGAGAAGAAGGCAAGGAGAAGAAGGCAAGGAGAAGAAGGCAAGGAGAAGAAGGCAAGGAGAAGAAGGCAAGGAGAAGAAGGCAAGGAGAAGAAGGCAAGGAGAAGAAGGCAAGGAGAAGAAGGCAAGGAGAAGAAGGCAAGGAGAAGAAGGCAAGGAGAAGAAGGCAAGGAGAAGAAGGCAAGGAGAAGAAGGCAAGGAGAAGAAGGCAAGGAGAAGAAGGCAAGGAGAAGAAGGCAAGGAGAAGAAGGCAAGGAGAAGAAGGCAAGGAGAAGAAGGCAAGGAGAAGAAGGCAAGGAGAAGAAGGCAAGGAGAAGAAGGCAAGGAGAAGAAGGCAAGGAGAAGAAGGCAAGGAGAAGAAGGCAAGGAGAAGAAGGCAAGGAGAAGAAGGCAAGGAGAAGAAGGCAAGGAGAAGAAGGCAAGGAGAAGAAGGCAAGGAGAAGAAGGCAAGGAGAAGAAGGCAAGGAGAAGAAGGCAAGGAGAAGAAGGCAAGGAGAAGAAGGCAAGGAGAAGAAGGCAAGGAGAAGAAGGCAAGGAGAAGAAGGCAAGGAGAAGAAGGCAAGGAGAAGAAGGCAAGGAGAAGAAGGCAAGGAGAAGAAGGCAAGGAGAAGAAGGCAAGGAGAAGAAGGCAAGGAGAAGAAGGCAAGGAGAAGAAGGCAAGGAGAAGAAGGCAAGGAGAAGAAGGCAAGGAGAAGAAGGCAAGGAGAAGAAGGCAAGGAGAAGAAGGCAAGGAGAAGAAGGCAAGGAGAAGAAGGCAAGGAGAAGAAGGCAAGGAGAAGAAGGCAAGGAGAAGAAGGCAAGGAGAAGAAGGCAAGGAGAAGAAGGCAAGGAGAAGAAGGCAAGGAGAAAAAGGCAAUGAGAAGGCAAGGAGAAGUCAAGGGAAAGAGUAA